GUGAUGUGUGCAGUCGACUAUGUCACAGAGCACCUGGGAAAGCCUGCCCCUCCCAACAUGGCCUCCACCCUGUCUUCCCUGCCCUGUGGCUGCAGGGCUACUAAAGGGGAUGAGAGUGAUGGAGAGGAUGGGAAGGCUAUGAGUACCAAAGUGGUGCUGACCCGAGCGUUAGCGUGCCUGCUGUCUGCCCUGAUGGAGACAGUACAGACCAUACCUACUGCAGUACAGCUCUUCUGUAAACAACUGCAAGACAAGCUGACUGAGAAGGAGAUUCAGACAGCUCACAGUAGUGUAGGGUUACAGCUGCUUGCAGGUGCGGUGUACCUGGCUUUACAUGACCAGACCCAGCUGGAACAGUGGGCAGGGCACACCAUGAAACAGACUAUCAAGGACAACCUGUCACUACUGGGGCUGUGUGCUUAUCAUGUACUAACUGCCACUGUAGCAAGCAGUAAAGGAAACAUGCCUCGUCUUGCCUACACCUUCAUGAGGAAACACGGCAGCUGGCUGAGUGAACAGAUAGACAACAUCGUGGAGUCUGUGUCUAAUGUGUCUGUAGAUGAAGGCUCGAGUGCCGCAGUGCUGGAAGGUGGUAACCUGGAGUUCUUACAACUCUUCAUGUCCACACUGGCUCAUAAAAUUCUACAGGAGCAACAGGGGAAGAACAACCUCACCCAUUUGUUCCAUGUCAUCAAAGGAAACCAGCAAUGGUUCCAAGUGCAGUUGGGGAUCCCACCAAUGCUGGGUAAAGAUGACCUCCCUCAGGUCAUGCCCUUUGAACCCAACCCUGGUUCAAAGGAGCAGGUCAUGACCUUCGACCCGCUGCAGGAGUUCAACAGCAUAGGGGACUGUAACAUCGACCAGAACUUCCUGUUAGAGUUUCCCUGGGACUGGGCUGAACUGCUACAGAGUGACCUGGGACUGAGUGAGCUGGGUUUCACCACCCUUCUGCAGCACAGGUGUGACAUGACAGACGAGUCAUGCCUAGACACAGACAAGGAGAAGAGACACGUUGCAACACUGAAGGCCAAGUUUGGGCUGGAGCUGACUUCCUCUGUGUGACAACAGGGUACCUGGAUCAUGGUGUAGUCUGCAGGUUUAUAAGCAUCCCUUUCUGUUCACCACAUGUGGGGUCGUUUUUUUAUUCGGUUUUGCCACAUUUUGUGGAAGGAUUGGCAUAACAGGAGACUAUCACCUAGGUUUGCAAGAUGCCAACCCGGAGACCAGACCGUAAGGUUUGAUCCACUCACACCGGGAAGGACCCUAACUCUUUUCGAGCAGUGUGGUGGGAUCUUUAGCAUGCUCGAGGUGUAGCUCUUCCCAAACACAGGACGGUCUUUUAAGUUAACAUCCUAUCCGAGGGAUGGCCCUAGCCGAAGCUACUUUUUUUCACCUGAGUGAAGUGAUGAAAGUCGUGCAAAGUGCCUUUCCCAAGGGCACAGGAUCGAUGACAUGGCAGGUUUCGAAUUCGGGAUCUCUUGGGCCUGAGCCCAAAGUGCCUCCGAUCCUGCCACACGAUCUGACAUAAGUUUGACGAAACUGCAGGGUGUUUAACCUAGAAGCCAGAGGUCCAGGGUUCAAAUCCUAGCAAGCAAUCUAUCUUGUGUUCUCGGGAAGGUCACUCCACCUGGGUGUAAAAAUGGGUACCAAAUACCGAAUGUGCAAUAUGACACAGCUGUUAUAUGUUACAAAGACUGUAUAUUUUACAAUUUCCGUGUGAAUUUAUAGAUGUAUUAUAUUCAGAUAUAUAAUAUUGUGUGUUUGAGCUUUUUUUGUCUUUUAACGUUGGACUGCACGGGUAGUCAAACAACCUAGUAGGUGUUUGUGACCACAUCUUUAAGCAGUGACACCUAUGCUUCAGUACAAUGUGAACUGUCCAGAC